GAGAGAGAGAGAGCGCGAGCGAGGAGCGGCCGUGCACGUGCGCGUGCUCGUGCUCGCGGAGCAUCGCCCCUGCAUCGAGCGGCUGAAGCGACGACAACCGACAGUGGAGCAACAAACAAACCGCGGACAUCUUCUCCUUCGCACCCUUUGAGCCACCAAAGACAAUUAGUGGGACUCCGGCUGCUUUUGGAGUUAAUUUAAUCAUUACAACUAACCCACUUUCUAAAGAAUGAGACUGAAGACAUCGUUCCUGAAAGAACCGAAACAUAAAGAACUGGUCAGUUGUGUUGGAUGGACAACAGCAGAUGAGUUAUUUUCAUCCAGUGAUGAUCACCAAAUUCUGAAGUGGAAUCUGCUAACAAAUGAAACGGUUCAAGUAGUAAGGCUUGCUGAAGAAAUCUAUCCCAUAGAUCUUCAUUGGUUCCCCAAGACUACAGGAGGCAAGAAGCAGAUACAAGCAGAAAUAUUUGUACUCACCAGUACUGAUGGAAAAUUUCAUUUGGUGUCAAAGACUGGACGAGUGGAAAAAAGCAUCGAAGCUCACCGUGGAGCUGUGUUGGCGGGAAGGUGGAACUACGAGGGAACUGCUUUGGUAACAGUUGGUGAAGAUGGGCAAAUUAAGAUUUGGUCCAAAACUGGAAUGCUGCGAUCGACAAUGGUACAGCAAGGUACACCCGUGUACUCAGUGGCCUGGGGGCCAGAUUCAGACAAAAUUCUCUAUACCUCCGGGAGACAACUGAUCAUUAAACCUCUUCAACCAAGUGCCAAAGUGUUGCAGUGGAAAGCCCACGAUGGAGUCAUUCUGAAGGUGGACUGGAACACUGUGAAUGAUCUUAUCCUUUCCGGUGGCGAGGACUGUAAAUAUAAGGUUUGGGACAGUUAUGGACGUCUUUUGUACAGUGCCCAGGCUCAUGACUAUCCUAUAACGUCGGUGGCUUGGGCAUCAGAUGGUCAGCUAUUUGCUGUGGGAUCAUUCAACACUCUUCGUCUGUGCGACAAAACCGGGUGGUCCUACGCACUUGAAAAGCCAAAUACAGGAAGUGUAUUCAACAUUGCUUGGUCUGUUGAUGGCACGCAAAUAGCUGGCGCUUGUGGAAAUGGCCACGUGAUCUUUGCCCAUAUCAUAGAGCAACGUUGGGAGUGGAAGAAUUUUGAAAUCACAUUGACAAAGCGAAGAUCAAUGCAGGUGCGGAAUGUGUUGAAUGAUGCAUUAGAUGUCUUAGAAUUCCGUGACAGGGUGAUAAAGGCCUCAUUGUCCCAAGGGCAUUUGGUAGUUGUAACCACGCUGCAAUGUUAUGUGUAUAGUACAAAGAAUUGGAACACUCCACUUGUAUUUGACCUGAAAGAAGGUACUGUUAGUUUAAUUCUACAGGCACAGAGGCAUUUUCUACUUCUUGAUGGAGCUGGGAUUUAUUUGUACUCGUAUGAAGGUCGUCUCAUUUCUUCUCCAAAGUUUCCAGGGAUGAGAACUGACAUACUGAGCUCCCAGACUGUUUCCCUCAGUAAUGAUACGAUUGCAGUGAGAGAUAAGACUGAUGAAAAAGUGAUUUAUCUUAUUGAUGCACUUUCUGGAAAGCCUCUCGGUGAUGGGAAACCUCUAGUUCACAAGAUGGAAGUAAUGGAGAUUGCACUGGAUCAGUUUGGCUCGCCCAAUGAAAGAAAAAUUGCCAUCAUAGACAAAAAUCGUGACCUGUAUAUCACAUCAGUACGUAGGUUUGGGAAAGAACAAAAAAUCAUUAAAAUUGGAACUAUGGUGCACUCAAUGGCUUGGAAUGACACAUACAAUAUACUAUGUGGAAUGCAGAAUAUGUAUUUUUUAGUUUGGUAUUAUCCAAACGUAGUCUACGUCGACAAAGAGCUUCUGUCCAAAACAGUUUAUGAAAAAGAUGCAAGUGAAUUUGGUAAAAAUCCUCAGAUAGUGAAUUUUGUUGGGAACCAAGUGACAAUCAGAAGAGUCGAUGGGUCAAUGAUACACACAAGUAUAUCACCCUACCCUGCCAUUCUACAUGAAUAUGUCAGUGCCUCACGGUGGGAUGAUGCAGUUCGUCUCUGUCGCUUUGUCAAGGAACAAACAUUGUGGUCAUGUCUUGCUGCCAUGGCAAUUGGACACAAAGACCUUACGACAGCAGAGGUGGCUUACGCAGCAAUUGGCGAGAUUGAUAAGGUGCAAUACAUCAACCUAAUCAAGGAUUUACCCUCUAAGGAGUCACGGAUGGCACACUUGCUGCUAUUUACUGGAAAUUUACAGGAUGCUGUAGGAAUUUUAAUCCAAACAGGCCUAAUUUAUCAAGCAAUCCAAAUAAAUAUUAACCUCUACAACUGGGAUAGAGCUCUGGAACUGGCUGUGAAACACAAGACACAUGUAGAUACAGUGCUGGCUUACAGGAAGAAAUUUUUGGAAGAUUUCCACAAAGAAGAAUCCAACAAGAGAUUUUUACAGUAUGCGGAAGGAGUGGAAGUUAAUUGGGAGAAAAUCCAAGUCAAAAUUGAAAUGGAGAUUGCAAAAGAACGGGAACGGGCAUCUACGGUUACUACAAUGGGUUCAACAGGGUCUAAGAGUGUAUCCUUAAACCGUUAAUGUAGUGUGGUGACGGGUCUGGCCCAUUACAUCUCCUCAAAACUCUUUCAUCUUUCCAUUUGAAAGACCAGGAAAACGGAAAAGGACUUUCAACAUAAUCAACAAAUCGAUAUUUUUCAAUUAAAAUUGUUCAUACUUUUAUUCGUUGAGAAUAUAUUCAGUGUAUUUUUCAGAAAAUUGUGUGCUCUCUUCUUUGUUAAACUGAAUGUAGAAUUAAUUUAUUUUCAAGUGAAUGUAAUUAAAUUUAGCGGCAUGUUGUAGUUCUGACAAAAACAAUUAAAUAAUGUUCCCAUUACAUGUUACUGGAAAUUAUUUAAAUUAUGUAAUCACA